AUGACUCUACCAACUGCCCCGUUCGUCCGUCCAGGUUAUGAAGACGGAAAUAUCUGUCCGGCCUGUGACAAACCCUUCCGAACCAGCCAAGGUGUCAUGGCUCAUCUCUCCACCGCCCGGUCGUGCAAGUGGUUUCGGAAGGGCAAGAACGCAGUCCCACGAGUAUACGACGUGCCAGACGUCAUUGAAUCCAUUGCGGACAACGACACGGGCUCUGGAGCCGGACCCGAUGCCAUGGACCAAGACCCGGAAGAUUUCCUGGAUGUCCUUCAGCAUAGGGAACUAUUUCGUUUCGAUCUCCCUUCAUCUCCCGCUGCAGACUCACGGUUUCCGGGUGAGGGCGAAGCCUCGUCAUCCAACACUAUGGCGGGACGGGUAAUACGAAUGGAGGAGAGGAUCGUUGACACGUGGAAGGCGUAUUUCGCGGAGGACCCAGGGGAAGAAGCUCAGGGAGAUGAUGUCCCAAUGGAAGUGGACGGCGAGGAAGGACCACCGGCGGCGUGUCCAGACCCUAAUCUCAAGUGGAGACCGUUCGCAUCCGAGUUGGAUUGGCAGGUCGCCAUGUGGGUUAUUAGGGAAGACGUUGGGCAGAAGUCGUUGAAUCGAUUUCUAAGUAUACCCGGGGUUGUGGAAAAGCUGGGGCUCACCUUCAAAGACGUAAGGCAACUAUUUAUGAAGGUCGACACAAUUCCCGACAGAGCAACGUGGAAGACAACGUCUCUGACGUUUCCUGACCGACUAGACGAGGUUCACCUCAUACGCUACCGCGAUAUACUCGAAGCGAUCAAGGCCCUACUCGGUAACCCCGCCCACGCCAAACACAUCGUCUAUCGACCACGGCGGGUCUUCGCGGAUACAUCCAAGACAAGACGUAUCUUCACCGAAAUGUGGACCGGACUCUGGUGGAGUUCAGUACAGGUACGUUAG